GUCACAGGCGGGAUGACCUUGCAACUGUUUGUAAAUAUUCAGGCACGUUGUUGUUGUUGUUGUGAUCGCGAGUUUUCCCAGCACAUUUUCCCUGUUAAUAAACGGGUUUAAACUGGAGGAAAUGGAUUUUCAAGAAAUGGCAGUAAUAGACGAAAACGCGGCAGCGGAGGGACCACAGCGUAGGGAAUCAGGCAAGAGAGGACGCAAGCCAGGCCGAAAAUCUGCCGAUAAAGUUGACAUGAAAGCGAAAUUAGAACGCAGUCGUCAGAGCGCCAGAGAAUGUAGGGCCCGGAAAAAGUUGCGAUAUCAAUAUUUGGAAGAAUUGGUGGCGGAUCGGGAAAAGGCCGUUUUCGCCUUAAGAAAGGAACUCGAAAAAUACGUGCAGAUCGCCAAAGAUCUGGACGAAGGCAAAGUACCGGAAGGCCUCCAUGAGAUCCUCCUCCAGGAAACCGCCGGCCUGGAAUUGAAGCAAGAAUAAAAACCAGGAUACCCUUGUGAUAUUUAUUUUAUUGGUUGAAAUGUUAUUAUAAUAUUUUCGUUUUUUUUUUUAGUUUCGGCCUCUGAAACUAGUUUAUUGUGUACAUUAUGGAAAAAUAUAUAUUUUUAGACACUA